AUGGCGGCAAACCUGACUCCAAUCGCGACUUUCGAAAGUCCAUUCCCAAGGCAUUUCUAUGAUGGAUUCUCCAUCGAGACCCUGGGUGACCGGUUUAUCGCCCUUGCCCAGAACGAUGAAACAACCUUUCUCAUCGUCCGUGGUAUCGACUGGGACCACGCGGUACGAAUCCCAUUCGCAACACUCGUGAACCCAUUUAUUGAAUAUGGUCUCCCGAUGUCUUCAGCUCGAUUCGUCGAGAUUUUGGCCUUGUCCGGGGGAGUAUCGUCCGACGAGAUCUCACGGACAGUUGCAUUCGUCUACAUCCACUGGCUGGACACCUCAUUGGAGGUCCGCCCAGGCCAUGACAAUGAUAUCGAGCAAGCAAUGCGGUGUCUGGAACGCGUCUGGGAGACCCAGGCUGGAGGAGAUAUUCUCCAGGAGCUCAACGUGGAGGUCAUCCUGACAUAA